AUGCACAGGCUUGAAACAGGGAGGCUUGAGGCGCUGCAGCAGCUGCUGUGCGCGGCCAGGCGCUCAAACCACCAGACUAUCACACUAAUAGCUUUAGACAGACAGGCCCUGCUGGAUCCCCGCCGACAGCGGCGCGCAUGGGCAGCAAACCCAAGUGUAGUGGUGGGCCUCACGCCGCUCUCCGGCAGGCUGAGGGCGAGGAGCAGCUCAGCCAGGCGGCCGCCACGUGCUCAGCGGCUGCCGUGCCAUGCCAGACGUGACUCCGCCAAGAGGAAGGUUACUACCACGCGUGUCACUUCACGACCCUCGCCCCCACACCAAGACAUUCUACCCAAGGUUUAUAUGUACACUGACACACCAUUAUCCUUACAGCUCCACUCUACCCUAUCCCAUCCCAAGCCACUCCAGCCCAGCACUUCUCAGCCCAACCAAAGCCAGCCCAACAUCAACCCAAGUGCACCCAACCCUACUAUUCCUAGCCCUAAUCAAGCCCAGUCCAUACAAAAUGAAGCCUUUUCAGCCCCAUCCAGCCCCCUCAAGCCCAGUCGGACACCCAGCCCCUCUCAAUACAGACCAGCCCACUCCUCUGUUGAUCCUAGCAAAACUUCAUUCAAGUCCAAGCCAGCCCAACUUAACCCCCACUCCUCACCAACCAGCACUAUCCAGCUCCACCCACUGUUCCUAGUCCUUCCCGGCUCAACUCAACCUCAUUCAGACCCUACCCAGUCAAACCCAUCUCUCCCUAUCCCCUCCCAGCUGUUCCUAGUCCUUCCCAGCUCAACUCAACCUCAUUCAGACCCUACCCAGUCAAACCCAUCUCUCCCUAUCCCCUCCCAGCUGUUCCUAGUCCUUCCCAGCUCAACUCAACCUCAUUCAGACCCUACCCAGUCAAACCCAUCUCUCCCUAUCCCCUUCCCAGCUGUUCCUAGUCCUUCCCAGCUCAACUCAACCUCAUUCAGACCCUACCCAGUCAAACCCAUCUCUCCCUAUCCCCUCCCAGCUGUUCCUAGUCCUUCCCAGCUCAACUCAACCUUAUUCAGGCCCUACCCAGUCAAACCCAUCUCUCCCUAUCCCCUCCCAGCUGUUCCUAGUCCUUCCCAGCUCAACUCAACCUCAUUCAGACCCUACCCAGUCAAACUCAUCCCUUCCCAGCCCCGCCCCGCCCAGCCCCGCCCAGAGAAGUGCCGCAAAAAAGGAGAAGGGAGGAAAGUGCAUUGCCUCUGUGCCGUAGUGUGUGCUGUGCCGAGGCAUGGAGGGGAUGAGAGAAGGGGAAUCUGUGUCAUGGCCAGCACCAUGGUGGUAUAA